UUCGCGCGCUCUCCGCUCGUCACGAGGUUCUCUUGCCCGCGUCGUUCUAGCACACGUUUCAACAUGCGUGCGACUCCCCGACGUGCACGCGGGAAACGUCUCCUCUUAGAAUUCAAUCUUUUUUUACUUCGGCCUGUAUGCAGUAUCAACAUCCUGAUUUCUUAUCUCCUAUUCGUUAUUACUUAUCACCCAGUAUAUUUCAAUGCCACAGUCUUCUACACUAGGAAGAGAUUACACUGCAGCUGUAUUAUUUUUCACUACGUUCCUGUGCUUGCGUUUGUCAAUUUGUAGCGUAUACUCUUCUCUUGCCAAAAGUAACGCGAGAAAUUCACCUUGUGUACACGAGUUUUUUUUAUACAUGAUCCCAUGAUUUGUCUGUAUGUAAACGCGACGAUUCCCCAUAGUAAAAAGUGAAGGUGGUGAUGUAGAAGAGGGACCGAAGAUUGAAGAUCGAGAACUAUUUUUGCGGGGCACUGUAACACGACCGGAGACAACACGGGUGACGAGGAGAAGAAGAUGGUAUCUCUGCCUACCGCAGAAUCGGGCACAAUGGACAGAAUCUCAGAUGACGAUGACGACGAGCCGAGUAGCGAGUCUGAAACGUACGAGGAUGGUGACCUCUUGUCGGCUGCUAUGGAUGAUGACGUUACGGCCCAACUCGCCGCUGCAGGUUGGCAAAUCAAACACGCUAAUGGGCCGGUCGGUGUGGCCGCAGCCGCAGCUAUCGUGUCUGCGAAAAAGAGGAAACGGCCCCAUAGCUUCGAGACGAAUCCCAGUAUCAGGAAAAGGCAGCAGAACCGACUUCUGAGAAAACUACGACAAACCAUAGACGAAUUCGCAACACGAGUUGGACAGCAAGCAGUAGUAUUAGUAGCUACGCCAGGGAAGCCAAACAGUAGUUACAAAGUAUUUGGAGCGAAACCGUUGGAGGACGUGGUAAAAAAUUUAAGGAACGUUAUCAUGGAGGAACUCGAAAACGCGCUCGCACAACAAGCUCCGCCACCAGUACAAGACGAUCCAUCCUUAUACGAGUUACCGCCUCUCAUAAUAGACGGCAUACCUACGCCCGUGGAAAAAAUGACCCAGGCUCAGCUGAGAGCAUUCAUCCCUUUAAUGUUAAAGUAUUCUACAGGUAGGGGUAAGCCCGGUUGGGGGAGGGACAGUACGCGGCCACCGUGGUGGCCGAAGGAGCUACCGUGGGCAAACGUGCGCAUGGACGCAAGAACCGAAGACGAGAAACAGAAGAUUUCCUGGACGCACGCGUUAAGGCAAAUUGUAAUAAACUGUUAUAAAUUUCAUGGAAGAGAAGAUCUUCUGCCUGCGUUCAACGAAGAGGACGACAAGUCGAACGUACUGAUACAACAGUCGACUCCUCAUUCGUCGUCGCAUCAGUCGCACCAGUCGAGCCAGGGCCAGGGUGGACAGUCGCAGCAGCAGCAACAGACGGUGGGAGUUGUUCGACUCAACAGCACGGAUUCAUCUAAGGGAAACUCUUCGCCAGCACAAAUCAUUGCCGCGUCUCCCACGGCUCUUGCCACUGCCACUCAGAUGACGGCUCAGUAUCCAACGGCAGUCUUACAAACUAUAACGAACCCUGACGGCAGUGUAUCCAUCAUUCAAGUCGAUCCUAGUAAUCCAAUAAUCACGUUACCAGACGGUACGACCGCUCAGGUUCAAGGCGUCGCGACCAUCCACACGAGUCAAGGGGAAGUACAAGCGCUCGCUGAAGUCGCGGGCGGCGCGGAAGGUACCAGCGUCGCCGUCGACCUGAACAGCGUUACGGAAGCGACGUUAGGUCAAGACGGUCAGAUCAUUCUGACGGGGGAAGACGGACACGGGUAUCCUGUGUCCGUAUCGGGGGUGAUAACGGUGCCGGUGUCGGCUAGUAUGUAUCAGACUAUGGUUGCCAAUAUUCAGAGUGACGGUACGAUGCAAGUAGUCACGCCGGUGGUUCAAGUGCCGAAAGUUGAGCCAGGAAACGGGGAAACUAGCAUCGAGGCUGUCACUAUUCAAGGGCAUCCGAUGACGAUGAUAAACGCGGCGGGCGAGCACCAAGUCCUUCAAGUGAUAUCGUUAAAGGAUGCGAACGUCCUCACGAAGGCCAUGCAGGCCGAAGUCGUGAAAGACGAGGACAGUCAACAACAGCAAACCGUCUCUAGUCCAGAAUAAACCGUUUACCAACUAGUUAAUGAACUAAUGAAAUAAUAAGCUUCUAUGUCGACACCAAAAAUGCGACAGGUGCACAUUAGCGGUGUUCACAGAAAGAAAGAGUGAGAGAAUAUUAGAAACGAAUAUGUGUUAUUAAUAUUUAAGAGAAAAAUGAUCGUGUCUUUACUGAAUCACUGUCUAGCGUGUCAUCCAAGUUCGAGAAACAAGUAGAAAACGAGCGAACAGAGGCGAACACACGUUCCAAGAGUGAAGAUACAAUUGAAUGUUCGACGACUCGCUGGGACUUGAACGUAAUCAUAUUUGUAUUCAAGAUUCAUCGUAGACAAUUAGAGGUAUCCACUUUGUAAUUCAAUCUCUCGACGAUAGUACUAAUUUUUAUUAGAGAGUACUACUCGCACUCGCAAGGGUGAACGCGAAUAACGGUGAUUCCGAAAGGGUAUCGUCGACGUUGUCUUAUUACUGUAGUAUAACAGCAACGUCUCCGGCUUCCGAGGAUUUUAUCUCGUCUUCGGAGCGGACACGUGGAAAUAUUUUUCGUCUAGUCUUAUCGUACAUGUAGCGUCGGGCAUACCAAAGAGAUCUACGCGAAUUAUUCUCACGCAAACUGUGUGUCGUUUAAUAAUCCGAGAAAGAAGAGUGUCGACCUUGUAAAACAGUGUAAACGGUGGCUCUCGUUAGUAUUCCGACACAUCUUCAAUGUUCGACCGAACAACGUAAUUUCGUCUGGUCAAGUAUCAAAGGAGUUAUAGUCUUGCGAUGUGUACGAAUAUUCAUGGGAGCAUACACAGUCGCGAGUCCAUUCGUCGAUGAAUAAUCCUUUUAACUUAAUAAUACUUUUUAACGGUAACGAUAGGAUUUUCCAUAUUUGUAGAAAAGAACCUUUUCAACGUUCAUCGAAGAAACGUAGUCGACGUAGAUACUUAUUUGUCAGGAUUCCAAUUCAAACGUAACGUCUGAGUUCAUCGAAUUCGGCCACCGAAUUGAGGAAGCAAGGAGAGAACGUAGCCUAUUUUUGUGACGAACCGAUACGUGUAAAAAAAACAAAAAAAUGAACGUUUCUUUUGCCGAUACAGCGACGUAACGCUGCAUAUUUAAUAUACAUUUAACGAUCGACAGUAGUGAUAAAUGAGACGAAAAAAAAAAAAGAAGUCAAGCAUUUCUGACGGGUACAAAUAGGCUGUAAGACGUAAUUUUUUGAAAAAUAAGACACACGGAUUUGAAGUCUCGAUGCACACCCAUAUAAAAAAAAAUUACUUUUAUCGUAUCGAAUACAGCGUUGUAUUGGAGAAUUAUUUUUAAGCGGCUCCGUAAAGAAUACUAUACGUAUAUGUACAAUUCGUCGUGAGGCGAAACUAAAGAUUAAACUCUUUCGUUUCCGCUCUGUUUUGCUUUGGUGAACGAUGCAGAGUGUAGAAAUGAAGAGUACCGUUCAUUGUUCUUCACGUUGAGUUUUGGCUAAUUUCAUUAGGAAUCUAUUUAAUUCCGUUGUCGGUGAACGAGAGAGAGAGGAGAAACGAGAGACCGUAACGCAUUUAAAUGCCAACCCACUUUUAUACAAUGUCUAUACCUAAAGUUAGGAAGAAUGUUAUUUUUCCGUGCAAUCUUGGUUCAAUGUCGCGGUGUCCAAUUUUGUAAAGACGAGCGAUCGACUUUCCAGACUCAAUUCUUUCCGUUACCCCAACGAUUUUCGCAUGUAAUUUUUAUCAACUCGUGUGCAUCAUACCUAAGUACAUACACGUACUUCGAGUUUCUAUUAGACGAUUCUAAUUACCGAGUUUGCGAUACUUGUUUAAUCAACGUUCACUGAGACAUGUGUCUCUAUCGAUGAAGUUCCUGUAGUUCUGUAAUACGCGUUUCUCUUCGACGAGAGAAACGAGAGCGUACGUCAGGAGCAGAGUCGUAACGUUGAAACAACAAACUGCCUUCGACAUCCAAGCACGAGAGAUACCAGAAACAAAAAAGGUUUUUAUAACAUUAUCGAUGAAACUUGAAUUUAAUAAUUAUCAAUGUGAACAGUUCACGAAGGCUAGAUACUAAUUGUUACAUUGUUUUUUUAAAAACUGUGGUCGUCACGUGACGAAGUGUAAUAUAUCGACACUCCCAUGUAAGACCGUGUCGUACUUUUUUUUUUCUUCGUUCGUAACGAAUCACAUAAAUUAAGUUCAGUGUCAUUUGAAAACAAAAAAAUGUAAUACCACUUUAGAUAAUUAUAGAUGUACGUGUACAUGA